CGAACAAUGUCACAACGGCCAAAGUCAAGCCCUGAGCCACACCCGUCUCAUGGAGUCUUCCUCGACACGGGACAUUUAGAAAACUCUGGUCAGGAUUCAGAGAUGUGGAACCUUUCAGGACACAACAGUCCAGAGAACAUGGCGGCUGAGCGGCCAUUGCAAGAGGAGGACUUCAUCAUUCUGAAUGCUGAACACCCGCUGGUCAGAAGGCAGCAAACGGCUCUUAGCAGGCAGCUGACCAAGCAGCUGGACAGAAUCAACAUGGGAAUAAAUGAGAUGAUGACUAUGGAGAAGUCUGACUCCAAGGCCCUGCAGGAGAUUGGUGUGGAGAUGUUCCAGGUUCAGGAGCACCUUGCAAGACUGCAGGUCAAACUUGAGGGCUGUCAGCAGGAUAAGAUUCAGGCUGAGGCAGAGCAUCAGCAGAUACAAGAGAAGCUUGAGUCCAUUAAAUCACGGGACUCAAUAAAACAUGACCAUGUUGCAAAAGCUAAAUCCCAGCUGCAGCUGGAGAUGAAACGCUUGACACUGCAACUGCUCUUUGCCAAACAAGUCAGCAUGGAGCUCAGAUCCAAAGUCAAAACCUUGAAGAACGUCAAACACAAAGCUGCGGCAGAGAAGGUGCAGGCCGAAGACCAAAAGCUCAAACAGGACCUGUAUGUGGAUCGACUGACAAAUGAUCUGGAGAAAGUGACCCAGCAGAUCAACAUGUACCAGGUCCAGACCGAGGCGCUGGCAGAGGAGACACAGGCAGCUAGAGAGUCACUUUCAGAGGUUAAGAUGGAGACACAGUCUUUAGCCAUGGUGAGGAAGCAGCUCCUACAGCAGUGGAACAACAGUCUGCUGGUUUUGAAGAGACGAGACGAGGCAUUUACUGCCAUGCAGGCCGCCAUAAGUGAGGUGGAGCACCAGGUGAUCCUGCUGGACAGACAGCUUGAGGGUUACAAGAAGUCCACCAUACAGGAACAGGAGGAGAGCGAGACACUGAUGAUGCGUCUUAACUGGGCACAGAUGGACUGUGCCACUUCCAAUCAUCAGAUCAGUCAGAAGCAACUACAGCAGGAAGUUCUACGAGCACGCUACAGCACCUGCGUCCGAACUCUUAGAGAGACCGAGUUGGCCCUCACCAGGCUCAGCAAGGAGCUCAGCACCUACCAGACUGAAAUGAAUGAUCAAAGGAGACAGCUUGAGAGGCAAAACGCUGUGCGGCUGGACCUGGAGGACCAGAUCAUGGCCACCAUGGAGCAGAAGCUGACCCAUAAUAAGGCUGCCAAGUAUUCCAAGCGCCUGGCUGAGAGGACAGCGUCGCUCAAGAAGGAGAAGGUCUCCCUGACGUGGCAGUUGGAAAAUGAGUUGGCAGGUGCUGGAUUAGAGAGCAGUGUGUUAGGACAGCGUCUAGACAGCCUGGAGCUGAUCCAGACUGCCCUCGAGGAAGAGAUCGGCACCUUAAACAAGAUGGUCACCGGCAGUGAGGCCAAGGUUGCGUCUUCAGUGACACUUAUUGGGCAGAAACAGACGGCCAUCUCUACGUACAACAGAAAGAUCAGUCAGAUAGCAGCCUCCACUGGGAAUGAGGAUCUUAGUCCAAUGCAAAUUGAGUUGGAUGCAAAGAGCAGCGAGAUUCAAGACCUGGGUGCAAACAUCAGAAGGAACCAGCAGCUGUGGAUGGACAGACAGGGAACGCUAGUGGGACUUAGUGAGGAGUUGCAGGCCAACAGCGACACCUUACAGAACCUUCAGAUUGAGCUCACAGCCAGGAAGCAGAAGACCCUUCGUCUGGAGGAUGAGGUAGAAGUAGAGCAAAGGGAAGAGGCCGAGCUGGAGAGGAAUUCAGAGACACUAAAAGAGCUGGAGAAGCUCAACGUCCUUGUGAACAAGAGUGGACAUCUGACUGAAGCCUUGGAGCAGGAGAACAUGCUGAUGGAGAACAACAUCAUUCACAGACUCAAGGAGGAAGAGCAAGAGUCUUUCGAGCUCCUGAUGAAACAAGAGAAGACCCAGGAGGACAAGGAGCAACUCAUCAACAGUUUGCUUGAAGCUGAACGACAAAUCAUGUUGUGGGAGAGAAAGGCACAACUUGCCAAAGAGAUUUAUUCAACUGUGGACUCUGGAGUUGGUCAGGGAGAGAUCCAGGUGAUGAAGGCAGAGAUCCACCGAAUGGAGGUGCGAGUGAACCAGUUGAAGAAGCAGCAGGAGAAACUUCUGAGGGAGAGUGAGGCAACUGUAGCCAGGAGGGAGAGCAUCCAACUGCGUAGUGAGAUCCUCAAUCAAAACUCUCACAAGCAGAUGAGCAGUGGUCAGCUCAGUCUCACCAUCAACGGCCUGAAGCGAAAGAUUCAAGAAACACUGAAGGAUGUGGCAGAGGGUGAGCAGGAGAUCAGGGAGGUACAGGAGAGCCGGGCAGGUUUGAGUGAAAGGCUUGUUCAGCAGAGGCAGCAAAUCACUGAACUGUGCAGCGUCAGAUAUGGUCUGGACUCUGACUUCAUCAGCCUGCGAGACAUCAAGGACAAGAACCUGGCUCACCUUGUGUCUCUGCAGAGCUGGACGAAGAAGCUACUCACAGUUCGACAGGGCGUGUACCAAACAUCAUGCUCCCCAGAGAAAGUGGGAGGCGCUCUGCAGAGCUUGAUGCAGCGAGUGCAAGCCACCGGCCGUGUUUUGCACCGUGUCUGCGAGACCUGGCCCCAGUACCAGGAGGCUCUCCGCCGGCCAUCACUGACUCUGGCUGCAAGUUCAGAGAGCUUGAAGAGUUUAGAGGGAAAUGUCAGUCCCAGAGAAAUUCAGAGCAGCAGGGAGCUCCAUAUUCUGACCUGA